GAACAAGGCCCUAGUUACAUUCGAAUUGAGUUUUUUUUUGAUAAGUGUACAUUCGAAUUGAGUUGAAUUGAAGUGAAGUAUUAAUUGGACUUGUCUGGUUGCACGCCAACCGACUACACAAUCGACUCGGCUAAUCAUUCAUCGCCGUUCCUCGGUUCUCGCCCGAGUUCGGCUAUUCCUCGCCGUCUUCCUCUUUCGCCUCCGGGCUGCUAGCAUCCAACCGACAACGCGGCGCAUGGCGUUGGUUGCUGGCGGCGGUAUCGACAAGCCCCUCCCCCCGCGCUCCUCAGCCAGCUGCUGCCACCAGUUCGCGGCCUCCGCAUCGCUGCGCCGUACUCCAGCCACGAUGACGAGCGUGCGCCCCUCAUCCCCACGGGCACGCCGGCUUCCUCCACCUCCGCCUCCUCCGACCCAGCGCCGACCACCAGUUUCCCGGGGGCGACAGCAGCAAAGCAGUGGAGCUCGUUCACGCGCGUAGGCGACGUGUUCGACACAUGGGCCAAGCAGGGGCACGAGGAACCAUACGCCAACAUCGACAUUGAGAUGGCAUUCCCCCCACCGGUUCGCGGCCUCCGCAUCGCUGCGCCGUACUCCAGCCACGAUGACGAGCGUGCGCCCCUCAUCCCCACGGGCACGCCGGCUUCCUCCACCUCCGCCUCCUCCGACCCAGCGCCGACCACCAGUUUCCCGGGGGCGACAGCAGCAAAACAGUGGAGCCCGUUCACGCGCGUAGGAGACGUGUUCGACACAUGGACCAAGCAAGGGCACGAGGAACCAAACGCCGACAUCGACAUUGAGAUGGCAUUUCCCGCUGCCUCCUUCCCCAAGCCGGCCUCAUCGAUGCUCAAAGACAAUUCAGCGCUGCCGCGGUGGGCGAAACGGCGCGUAGGCGAUGGGGAGGCUCUGCGCUUCCAAGGCUCGAGCAAGGAUUCUGGUGCUGGAUCCAGCCAGCCUGCUGCUAGCUCCUCCGUGGCCAGUGCACCUGGGCAGUCUGCAGCCGAGUCCAUGGUGGGCGCUGGCACUCUAUCUGGCUCCGUGAUGGGCGCUGGCAGUGGAUUCGGCUCCGUGGUGGGCACUGGCAGUGCAUCGGGGCAGGGAGUGACAGCUAACUGGAUGGAGACGUUUAAAGGAUUACUUGUAGCCUAUGUGUUCUUUGUAUUGCCUAUCAUCUUGUUUUUCUUUCCCAGGUAUGACAACAACCAAAAUCACCAUGUGCUACAAAAUCUAAUGGACAGCAGUAAGAUCAGUUCAGAAAAGGUGGCUGUCUUAGUCUUCUUUGUGAUUUUUUUGACUGCUGGUGUACUAGGGGUCUUGCUAGCUCAUAUUGCACAAGGACCAGCGGUUACCAGGGUUGUUGGUGCAUUUACUUUAUUGGUUAUCAUAUUGAUUCUUGGGUUCAUGGAUUAUAUCCUUCUGAAGACCAUGCCAGACAAUCUCACCAACACGUUGAUGUUUCUUUCACAUUUCAUCGUUACGACGACUAUUAUCUGCUUUUUGUGGUUCAAAUAUGUAUGGCCAAGCAGCUGUUGUCAGGGAGGAACCAGACAAGACUGAUCCACGUAAGAGUCCAACUACCUGGUCUACAGCGAUGAUGUUAUGCAUCAUGUUGAUAUGCUUUUUGUGUCAUAGCCUAUGAAUAGAACAGUUAAAGCUUACACUUGACAGGGUCAUGCUUAAUUGUUGUUCGGCUAGCGUUACCAGCUGUUGUGGGCUUGUGGCUGGCUGCAACUAGUAUAGUCUACUGUAAUUCUACAGUGAAAUGUGAGAGAAACCACAACCAGACUAGAUAUGUAUAGUAUGAUAGUUUUCUACUUUUGAGUUUGAUCCUUCCUUUUGAUUCUCAAUAUUUCUGUUCAUUUUUCUCACUGUGCCCCGUCUAUGUGAUUCAAAAGUUGCAAACCGUCUCAAGUAGUCUCAUGCUGUUCUGUAAUGUGACUGUGAUCAGUUUGGGAAACAUUUUGUUUGGAUUUCAUUA